AUUAAUAUUGAGGUUGAACUAUGUAUACGUGGAAACUGUUCAGUCAUGUUAUUAGACGGUUCGAUACUAAUUAUAAUCACAACGGUGGUAGGUUAGCGCUUUUUGUUAAGCAUCAUGGUCCUGGUUAUGGCAAAUUUACUGCUUACCGUAAAGGAAUAAAUUUAUGGUUUCGGGAGCAGGGUAAACAAAUUGUCCAAGUAUGUAAGAGACAAUUCGAAUUCAUAACAGCACAAAGGAUUAGGAGACAUGUGCAGAUAUUUUACCUUUACACAAGAAUAUGGGACGAGGUAGCAUUAAGAGAAUUCAUGAGAUCAUGGAGAUUGAGAAUUGCUAGGAAUUUUUUAUUGAGCACAGUUACUGUAUCUAUGUACAAUUGGAAUCGUGAGAGAAUUAGUGAUGAAGAUGUUAAUAAAUACAUUCAUGAAAUUGAAGGGAUUCAGAGAUUACGAGACUGUACAGUGGUAUGUGCAAAAUGUCAUUUGCGGAUUAUCAUUGAUGUUAUACAGUCCAAUGUAAAAUAUUGUAAAUGUACUGGAGCUCAGUGUACUGCUUCUAAUGAAAAUAUAGAUGGUUGGCAGCCUUAUAUUGAACGUCAGGAUAUGUUAAUAUGGAGACGGCAGGAACCAGGAGGACUGUAUGCAUAUAAAGUGUAUGGCUCAUUUUCUGACGUUACUGCUGAAGACUUCUUACAAAUACAAAUAGAUGUCGAUUAUAGAUUGAAAUGGGAUUCUACCGCUAAGGAACUAGAGAUUAUUGAAACUGAUCCAAAAUCAAUAUCAUCUGUUGAUCAGAGUAAUGAUAUUAUUCAUUGGGAGAUGCUCUGGCCUAGUUUAUUUUCAAAUAGAGAUUAUGUGUUUCAACGGCGGUGGAUUGUGAAUAGGGAAAAAGGAAUCAUAAUUAUCGUCAGCAGAGUAACUGAACAUCCCAAUGUACCAAUCAUACAUGGUACUCACAGAGUUAAGUCCUAUUGGUCAUAUAUGGUGAUAAGGCCUUACACGGAAUUUAACAAGCCAGGUAUUGAAUUUGGUCUCACUUACUUUGACGAUCCUGGUGUAUCUGUGCCAACUCCCAUCACUUCAUGGGUAGCACUGAGAGGUUUACCUGAGUUCUUGAUACGUAUGCGGAAUGCUUCAAAAAAUUAUCAAAAAUAUAAAGCAACAAAGCAAAGUGAGACUAUACUUAAUAGCGGUCACCAGUUAUUUGAAAAACAAGUUAAACCAGACACUCCUAACAGUACUAUCGAGUUAGAUAUAAUGCAUAAUGUACAGCAAGAGAAUGAUGUAAUAGAGAAUGGAAAUAGAGACACCGCUACUAACUCUUCAGCUCAAAAACAAGGUUUAUUACAUAAUUUUUACCUCACGAAAUUAUUUGCAUGACACGAAUAUUUCACAGUUGAUUUAAGGAAGUAAUUUUUGACUAGUAGAUAAUGUAACGUGACCUCAUACCGAGAGAAUAAUAAAUCCGAUCUCUGCUACCGGAAGUGUAAAAGCAUAAAACACAGAUGAAUGCGUGGACGAUUGUAUUGCGGACUAACAGAGAAUAUCAGAUGCUUCAUUAAUGUAUAUUGAGGAACGAUAAAUUUCACAGAUAGCAAGAGAAAAUUGUGACUAUAACAAAUCUCGUACUUUUUUUCCAAACACUGGUUCUCGUAUUUUACGAAAAUAGGAAACGAAAAUAUCUUAUCAAUUGAAAAAUAUACUAAGCAUGUAGUAAGACUGAUUAGUUUUAUCAUCCGUUGUAGUCCGUUUAUUCAUUGAAGAUAUGUAUUAUGCAUUAUACAGAAUAAUGAGGAUGUAGCUUAUGUUAAAUCGUGGAAACAAAUUUAAAGCAUUGAUUUGAUGGAUUUAUGCUAUAAAUAGAUUUAUAAUAUAACAA